AUGAAUCGUGUCGACGUGCCAACCAGCGGUCUCAACGACAUGCAAACGAAAGUGAAACAUUUUUUAUCAACGAAGAUCCUUUCUCGAAUCAGCACGUACGCAACGAACGUGUUGGAUUUCUUGAUUGUGCCGAGCAUAACAUCGAGUAUUCCAGUAGUGGAAAUCAACACAAAGUCCUGGAAACUGCCAACCGGAGUGCGACUGGCUGAUCCAUCAUUCUAUUCGCCAGGAGAAAUUGACCUCAUCAUCGGCAACAAGAUAUUUUUCGACUUGGUGAAAAUAGAGAACUGUGCGAUUACAUUAGCAGAAACGGAGUUUGGUUGGAUCGUUGCAGGAUCAGUGGAAAUGAGGAAGAGUGCACCGCGUGCACGCAUAAGCCUGUUUGGUCACCAAGAACAAGCGUUGUGUGAAACUAUGGCGAGAUUUUGGGAAAUCGAGGAUGUUCGUCUUGUUUCUAACUUAUCAGAGGAAGAGGCAGUCGUCGAAGAACAUUUCAAGGAGACUCAUGCCAGGAAUGAGUGCGGCCGUUACGUGGUGCGACUUCCUUUCAACAACAAAAAGUGUCAACUUGGAGAUUCUUUCGUUGGGGCGAAGAAUCGUUACGAGCGGCUGAUGAUCUCCUUGUCGAAAAAUCCUGAAAGGCGUAUGCAGUAUUCCGAGUUUAUGACAGAGUACCUUGCUCUUGGUCAUAUGAAGGAAGUGGAUGAUCCUAGUAAAGACGGGUAUUAUAUACCGCACCACGCGGUGUGUAAGGCAUCUAGUUCGACUACGAAGACGACAGUUGUUUUCGAUGCUUCGGCUAAAACGACUUCCGGAGUGUCGCUGAAUGACACUAUAAUGGGUGGACCUGUGGCGAUUCUGUGGUCAUCAAGUGGUACUGACAGCUGA